AGAGUGUCAGGCAGCAUGGCAACGCUGCGUCACGUUCAGAGAGAGAGAGAGAGAGAGCAAAAGAGGAAGGGGGGGCAGGAGGGAUGGACAGUUGCUCAAAAGCUGAUUGUACUGGCUGGCUUUCCUAUCAGGGCAGCUCACAUGCAUCCAAAUCCCAGAUUAAACACCCAUCUCUCUUUCCAACCAGCAGCACUCCUACAAGUCCCUGCCCCCUCUCUUCCUCCUUGUGUAACUGUACUGAACGUGGAUUACCAAACUCUGAAGCAAAGCAGGGGCUCUGACAGGCUCCGAACAGAAUGGUGGUUUCAUCCCAACAUCACUGGGAUCGAGGCAGAACACCUGCUCCUGACACGGGGCGUCCAUGGCAGCUUUCUAGCGAGACCCAGCAAGAGCAAUCCAGGAGAUUUCACUCUCUCUGUCAGGAGGAACGAUGAGGUCACCCAUAUUAAAAUCCAGAACUCGGGGGACUAUUAUGACCUGUACGGAGGGGAGAAGUUCGCCACGCUGGCUGAAUUGGUCCAGUAUUACACCGAGCAGCACGACCUCCUGCGGGAACGCAAUGGAGAUGUUAUCGAGCUGAAAUACCCCCUCAACUGCAAAGACCCUACGUCUGAGAGGUGGUAUCAUGGACAUCUCUCAGGGAGAGAUGCUGAAAAGCUCCUUACGGAGAAAGGUAAAUCCGGCAGCUUCCUGGUGAGAGAGAGCCAAAGUAAACCAGGAGACUUUGUGCUUUCUGUCCUCACUAAUGAAGAAAAGCAUGAAAACGUAGACCGCAAGACUAAAGUUACCCAUGUCAUGAUCCGUUAUCAGGAUGGAAAAUAUGAUGUAGGAGGAGGGGAGAGGUUUGACACUUUGGCAGAUUUAGUAGAGCAUUAUAAGAAAAACCCCAUGGUUGAGAAGAGUGGAAUUGUUGUACACCUUAAACAACCAUUCAAUGCCACAAGGAUAAACGCAGCAAACAUUGAAAACAGGGUACGAGAAUUAAAUAAAGUGGCGGACAACUCCGAGAAACCCAAGCAAGGCUUCUGGGAAGAAUUUGAGGUUUUACAGCAGCAAGAAUGUAAACUCCUUUACCCCAGGAAAGAGGGGCAGAGACCAGAAAAUAAAAACAAGAACAGAUAUAAAAACAUUCUACCAUUUGACACCACUCGAGUGCAAAUCAAGGAGGCUGAUCCUGACGUGGCAGGCUCAGAUUAUAUCAAUGCUAACUAUAUCCGAAGCAUGAAUGAAGAAGGUCGCCAUAUGGAUGAAGGUAAAGUGUUCAUCGCCACUCAGGGUUGCCUUCAGAACACCAUCCUAGACUUCUGGAAAAUGGUGUACCAGGAAAACACUCAUGUUAUUGUGAUGACAACCAAGGAGAUGGAGAGAGGACGGAAUAAGUGUGUGCGGUACUGGCCGGACUUAAAUUCAACAAAGGAGUUUGGGAAGGUGUGUGUGAAGAACAUUGAGGAACACACAGCUCAGGACUACAUACGGCGAGAGCUUGAAGUCACGCGUCUAGACAGGAGAGAGCCUCCUAGGUGUAUCUGGCACUAUCAGUACCUGAGCUGGCCCGAUCACGGUGUUCCCAAUGAACCUGGAGGAGUCUUGAGCUUCCUGGAGCAAGUCAACAGAACCCAAAGCGCCAUUCCAGAGAGUGGACCGAUAGUUGUUCACUGCAGUGCAGGGAUUGGAAGAACAGGCACAAUUAUUGUGAUUGACAUCCUUAUCGACAUCAUAAACAGACAAGGGUUGGAUUGUGACAUCGACAUCCCAAAGACCAUCCAGAGAGUUCGCCAGCAACGAUCCGGUAUGGUUCAGACCGAGGCCCAGUACAAGUUCAUCUACAUGGCUGUUCAGCAAUACAUUGACACGGCUCAGAAGAGACUGGAAGAGGAGCAGAGGAAUAAAACAAAGGAGAGAGAGUACUCUAACAUCAAGUACCCACAGAUGUCGAAUACCAGAGCCAAGCCAAACAUGAGCUCGCCGCGCUCUUCAUCUGUAAUGAACGAUGACUCGGGUGUUUAUGAGAAUUUGAACAUCAAAAAUCCAAAGGGCUCCACCAGCAGCAAUACCAGGAGAUAAGCCAUGUGGGCUGCUGUCUCAGGGACUCUGGGAUUCCAGUAGAGGUACUGUGUAGAAGCACCUGAUGGAGUGACACUGGAUUACAGCACUCGGGGGUGGGGGGGACCGGCAGCGCCCAUGCUGAGGCGAAGCCACCCUGCCGCUCAACUAGAGAUACCACCGAAAUCUCCAACAGCUCCUCUCUUCAUUUCCUGACUGACUACGUCUGAGAAACUCACACUCCAAAACCAAGUGCCUCAACAGCAGCCGAAAUUGUUCCCGCAAAGGACGCAUGACUUGGUGCUUUCUCUCCCCACUUUUAGUCUAACAAGCCUCUCUACACUGCACUAAGCUACAUGAUGGUUUGUACAUGUGUGAAAUAUACAGUAUAUGAAAUAUGAAUAUUUACACUCAGUGACGUAACUUUGGAUGAAGCUACACUCUUUCCAUGCUGUCUAUGGCUGUUUCCAGACCUUGCUUUGUCUGCUGGAUGUUGUCUACUGUAACCAAAGACCUUUGAUGUGUAUCUUACAAGCAGAGGUUUUUUGUGCUCUGCUGAGUGAUGCUCGUGGCACGGUGAUAUAAGAAGAAGAAAAUUACACCGUCCUGCCUCAAGGAUCCCCUCUUUUCUUUUCAGAGCACAUGGGAGGUGAUUGGUCAAAGUUCGACCAAUGAUUUGGAUACCUUAUGUAAGUAGGUGUUUUAAAUGGGCUGGUUUGGUACAGUGUGGUAGAAUCUAUACAGUAUGUGCCAAUUAGCAACCUGUGCAUCAUAUUCAUAAAAGCUUCUGCUUUGAUGCUUUUUUAUUGAGCAUUACCUCCAGGCAAAUGAACCGUUGGAGGAAGUUAAGUGCUACUGUCAGUCAAAGGCUUAUCAACCAAUCAGGCUGCCUCUUCAUCAGCGGGCUCCUCCCUCUAUGUGUAGGCUUCAUUGUUCUGAAAACAUCAAGUGAGCCUUUAUAAGUUAGGGUUUUGUUUGUUUGUUACUAGUCGUUUUGUUUGCAACUAUGAUUCCUUUAGAGCAAUUUUAUCGUGUGAUAUUUGUGAAUGUGAUUAUGAAAUCUAGGCCUGGCAUUUUUUGAUAUAAUGCAUUUUUAACUAUAUUAUUCCACAUUUUCCUCCUAAGAGACACAUUAAGCUCUUUUAUCACAUAUAAACAGGGUAUGUGUGUAUUGCGGUGUUAUAAAAAGCCCGAUAAAGCUCUUUACGUCACUAGCAGGUUGUGAUUGCACUGAGGCCUUCGAAUGAAAAACGUCAAUUGAAAAACGUGGUGUUACUAAACCUCUACAAUAGAGGGGGUAUGUCAGGAUGUCGAGCGAGCUGUUGACCUGAAUGGCAUUUCGGUGGAGACUUCAGCUAAAAAGGAGGCAGGCCAGAUGGCCCACUGCUAAGAUUAAAGAAAUAGAUUUGUGUAGGGCGAAAAAAGUAAUUUAAAACAUGGCCGUAAUCCACACGUAGCUAUUAUUAGGUGAGGUCAGCAGUGAUGUCAUAAGAUGUUAUAUAUAUAUAUACACUACCAGGUCAAUGAGAUUGUUUCGUUGUUGUUUAAGAAAUUACUUUUAUUUAGCAGGGUUGCAUUCAUUUAUCAAAAGUGACAAUAAAGACAUUUAUUUUAAAAGUUUUCUAUUUUAAAUGCUGUUAUGCUGAAAAAAAUGUAUCAGGUUUUCCACAAAAAAUUAAGAAGCACAAACUUGUUUAACAUUAGAUGAUGAUUAAAAAAUAUCUUGAGCAGCCUGGAAUGAUUUCUGAAGGAUCAUGUGAUAAUCAAGACUGAAGUAAUGGCUGCUUUGCCAUCACAUGAAUAAAUUACAAUGAAUUAAAAUAGAUUAAAACCAAAAAAAAAAAAAAAGAGAUUAUUAUUGUUUUUUUAAUUGCAAUAUUUUCACAAUAUUUUUGCUUUGGCUGUAUUUUUGGAGGUCAUAUAUGCAGCCUAUAUCUGGUUAAAUAGUCAGCCUUGGUGAAAAAGCGUAAAAAAAUCUUACCAACCAAAAACAUAAAAGUAGUGAACAUCUUGGCUUAGAUAAAGCAGGGCAUAAUGUAUGUGUUUAAUCAGCGUGUGAAUGUGGUGUUAGUUUCGGCCACAUGAGGGGAUCUGAAGGGCUACCGUACAUGUUCAGAGGGAGGCCUGGGUCUGCUUUUUUUGCACUUGAAUGGAUGAAAUGUUUGGGUUUUAUACUAGAGAACCAGUUUGCCAGACCAUCCAGGAAGUAAAAGCAAUGUCACUGCAUAUGAUAAUCAUUGUCCUUGGAAUGACUGACUGACUGAUUGAAUGAAUUUGUGAUUUAUGUACCUGAUCAUGUGACAGCAAUGUACUACUGGCAUCUGAAAGCUGUUUGUCUGCUGUUUAAAUUGGUUUUAUUUUUACCUCUGUGAAAAUGGGUCAAAAAUGUAAUGGCAUAUUAAGACUUGAAAUUCAAUUUGAACUGCUGCAAGGUAUAGUGUGUAUGGCUGUCAGAAUGUCCUUUUGGUUGGAGGUAUAUAUUAAUGGAUUUUUUUUUUUUUUUGAUUUGCCAUCAGUGUGGUGUUUUGCAUUAUAGAUCAGUCAUUUAUUUUUGUUUUAUUGGGUCAGUUAUUGAUUUGUUGCAAAUUGUACAUUUCAUUUGUUUGUUAAUACAGUGAUGGAAAUAUUCACAGCCGUUUAGCAUAUUAUUUUAGGAUGAUGUUAACAUUUAUUAUUAUUAUUACUUCUACUAUUAUACAAAACAACAAGAGUUAUAAAGCUAUCUGCUUGAAUUAUCACAAUUUUAAAGUCUUCUUUUUAAAUUUACUUGAAUACUAUAUCUGUGGUUUUUUUUUAAUCUCAGUUGGUGAUCAGUAGGUUUGAUAUGAAUUGUGUCGUGCUGAUUGUCCUUGUGUGAUAAAGACUGUGUUCCCUAUUGCACUGGUUCAGCCUAAAAUGCCUUUUGCCCUGAAAGAUACAGCUGAUGUUAAGACUUGCAUCUCAUAUAACAAUACAGGACUAGUUAUUGCAUAAUAAAGCAUACACUGGGAACUUUC